AUGGUAUAUGAUACAAUAGUUGUUAUCGUUAGAGCUGUAAAGCUACAAACGCGAUGCACACUUGUUCUGCCUUUGAGAUAUGCUGUAUUUGAUAAUAUGGGAUUAAGACAACACCAAUCUCUUGGUUUACAGCAAAAUCUCGUAAAUAGAUCAUUUCGUGAGUAA